AUGGACUAUAACUAUUAUCAUCAACCGCCUUCAGUUCCAGUUCCACCUACUGCACCAGCGGGAAAUCCUUCCGAUUACAUUAAUUUUUACAAUCCAUAUAUGUAUCAGUUCAACUAUCCAUAUGUGCCGUUUGAUAAGGAUUUAAGUCCAAAUGAGGAUUCAAACAACCCAGAGAAUAUUUCGCCUCCAUUAAACUAUUAUUAUCAGCCCUAUUACCAAUUCCCUUCUUCGAAUAAUUAUCAGCCAUUAUCUACUCCUCCUACAUCUCCUGUAUUCAAACUGAAAAAGACAAAUAAACCAAAAUAG